GUGGUCUAUGUGGCUUAUUCAGCUAGUUAAAAACUUUUAAAGUUUCUAGGCUUUGUAGUUGCAAAGAAGCAUUCCACAUGUGUGAAACAAAGCAUAGAAUCAUGCAGCAAUGUCUGCAGGCAACCUGAAGAAGCAACCUAGACACGAGAGUUCCUCUGCAUCCACUUCCUUAUUUAGGAUGCUAGCUUUGGAGUCCAGUGAUGCACCUCUAGUACUAUCAUUAAUUAUUUAAAUAUGGGUGCUUUUUAGCAAUGGAGGGAGUAGGUGCUGGGAAUGUGAAAGAAGAGGAGAUGAGAAUUGGGAGUUGCUCCCAGGAAGGUUAAUGCAGCAGGAAGAAGAGGGGUUGAAAGAUGGGGAAGGAAGAAAAAGAAAGAGGAUGGGAAAAGAAGAGAAGCUAAAGAGCAGUGCUUUCAAUGGGGAACAGGAUCUUACUGAGUGGUGCUGACUGAACAGAUCAUAAAAUGGUUUGAUUACUACAUAGGUCUGUUCUCUCAAUGUCUGAGCAGACUUCUUGCAGAUAUGAGCCAUUGCAUGAGGGUGCCUGUCUGGGGAAAGUGACCAGAAGAGAGAUCCUGGAACAAAACUUUCCAGAAUAGUUUUCUGUGUGGACAGUGCAUGCUCCACAGUUCAGGCUAGCUCUUUCAGACUGAUGUAUUCAACACUAUGAAUGUCUGCCAGUAGAGGCAAGCAACAAGGAUGGUGCCAACCAAGCUGUGUUGAUCCUAGAGUGGACAAAGCUGGAUGAUUUUAAACAGGUUUAAAUCGAUUGUUCCAGCCUCCAUAUAUUCCCUGUGGUUACACUAAAUGGCCACAGGCUCAAUUCAGAGUAAGGUGCUGCCCAAGAUGAGCUCCUCAUCGCUGCUGGAGGAGAACUCCUUGGAGCCACCAGUGCUGCUGACAGACAUCAAGACUGAGCCCCCUGAAGAGCUCCUGGCCAGUGACUGCAACCAGCCCCAGGCUGAGCCUGUGGACCUGUCGCUCAACAAGUCCAAGGGGUCGCUGCAGUCCUCUUCCCAGGUGUCUUCCUCUAUCAGGUCCUCACCCAUGCUGGUGACACCACCCAUCCAGACGCCAGUGGUCUCUAUGUCGUCCACGGGCCUGUCGUCCACGGGCCUGUCGUCCACGGGCCUGUCGUCCACCUCGGCCAUCCCUGCUGUGCUGUCCCCGGGCUCCAUCCUGGCAUCCACGCAGGGUAGUGGCGGGCAGCAGAUCCUCCACGUCAUCCACACCAUUCCCUCUGUCAACCUGCCCAGCAAGAUGGGCAACCUGCAGACCAUCCCUGUGGUGGUGCAGUCCCUGCCCGUGGUCUAUACCACCAUGCCUACAGAUGGGGUCACUGCUGCCAUCACUGUGCCGCUCAUUGGGGGUGACGGCAAGAACGCUGGGUCUGUGAAAAUCGACCCCAGUUCCAUGUACCCCAUGGAAAUGAACAGCGACAGUGAAGACAGCGGCACAGAGGAAAGUAGCUCAGCUCCCUUCCAGGACCUACAGCGAGAGUCAGCAGUGGCCCGGAUGCAGCGAGCAGAAUCCCCAGACCUGAAGAAGAGGCGAAUUCACCAAUGUGACUUCGAGGGCUGCAAUAAGGUCUACACAAAAAGCUCCCACCUCAAAGCACACAGGAGGAUACACACAGGAGAGAAGCCUUACAAAUGUACCUGGGAAGGCUGCACCUGGAAGUUCGCCCGCUCCGACGAGCUCACCCGGCACUUCCGCAAGCACACGGGUAUCAAGCCCUUCCGCUGCUCGGACUGUGACCGCAGCUUCUCGCGCUCAGACCACCUGGCCCUGCACCGCCGGCGGCACAUCAUGAUGUGAGCGGGCACCCACCCUCCACUCGCUCCAGCCCCACCAGCCACAGUGGAAAGACUGCACCAUGGGAGGCGUUGUCUCCAGGCAGAUUCGGCCUGGUGGUGGGCUGGAUGCCAAUGUGGCACCUGUGGCUGCCCAUGUCUGAGACCAGGACUCCUCCUUCCACAUGGACCAGGGACUCAACAAGACUCUGGAGAGACUGCCUUUCUCUCUCCCUCCUCUCCCCCACCCUGGGCCUGUCCCUCCCCCAGUUCUCUGUAUGUUUUGCACACUGCCUCCUCCCUGCCUCUGGGGUCAGGAGCUGCAGUUGUGGGCAGGUAUCUGUGUGCACACUCAGUCUUGUGUUUGUCCUGUGCCUCCUGAGACCAGCGGGGCCUCAGCCAUUCAUAUGAGCUGCCUGGCUGGAUUCACUGCUUAGCCCAAGGCUGCUGCAGGGCAGUGAGGGGGGGGGGUGUGUGUGUGUGUGUGCGUGCGUGCGCAUGUGCAUUGGGGGGAAAAGAGGGGCCUCUGCCUAAUGGUAGAAGCAGGUGUCUUCAAUCAGUGGGCUGAUAGACGCCACCUUGACACUGCUGCCCUUCCCGCUCCCUGGUACAGUAGCUCGUGGACUCUGAGCCACUGGUGUGUGGCCGGCAUGAGAGCUUCUGCCUAGCACUGGGCAUCAGCAAAGAGGCACGCUCCAACAGGAAAAGGACCCGGCAGGCAAUGAAGGAGCUGAAGUGGAUUGCGGGGCCUCUGGAAGAGGGGAGUGGUGGGGAGGAAAGGGCCUGAGGAACAAAUCAAAGGGAAAACUUUGCGGAACAUGGAACUGUGACU